UUGUCGACUUUCCAGCUCGUAUGGUAAUCGGAAACUACACCAUGCGUAUCGUGCGUUUACGACUGGGGAUUUUAGUAGGGAUUGUCUUUUUGAUUUUCCUCAUCUUCCAAGUGCGGCUAUCAAUAUGGAAUCAUUCUUACGAGCAAAUUCCUGUGAGCGACGAAGAGAUGGAACUUGCUUGCCGACAUCCUGAGUUAGAAUUAGCAAACCCUCUGAUACUGGCGCACAUCCAUGAUGUUGGGGAAUUGAAAUGCAGCAAAGAAAGUGACUGGGUCUACAUCGAAGGAAAUCUUAUUAAAUUUAACCAAAGUAUUGUAAAAAAAAGAGGCAAGAUAAAGUGUGAAUUGCAUUAUGUACUGAGAGUGGAUGAAUACAACACAGCCAAAAGUAAAGCAGUUCAUCUCGCAUCAGAUACAGGUCGGGUUUUCCUAGAACAUGACUUCUUUCACAUAAAAUGUAGCUCUCAGGAUGGAAAACACUGGAAAAACUUGAUGGCAGGCAUUGCAAAAGACAAAGCAGCUGUAAAACGUGCUAAAGCAGCCAAACCACCUCCCAACUGGAUGAAUCUUAAUGUUUUCAUGUUUGGCUUGGAUUCAAUGUCCAGGCUUCAUUUUAUGCGCAAGUUGCCUAAAACUUACAAAUACUUGACUGAAGUUUUAAAAGCUUCUGUUCUGAAAGGCUAUAAUAUUGUUGGCGAUGGGACACCACAGGCAAUUAUACCAAUUCUGACAGGAUUUGCAGAACCAGAACUUCCUGAAACAAGAAAAAGAAUGAGCAAUGCUCAGCAUGUCAAUGUUUAUCCUUUUGCCUGGAAGAAUUUCAGUGCAAAUGGUUAUGUUACUGCUUACGGAGAGGAUGGACCAUCCACUGGCACUUUUAACUACAGGUUGAAAGGAUUCAAAGAACCUCCUACUGAUCACUAUUUGAGAUCGUUUUAUUUGGAAGUUGACAAGGUUUGGAAAGAUCAUGCUAAGUUUUGCCUGGGUGAUAAGCCUCGGCAUGUAAUUAUGACGCAGUGGCUAAAAACUUUUUACGAUACUUACACUGAGGUUCCAAAAUUUGGAUUUGUGUUUCAUUCUGAACUAAGCCACGAUGACUAUAAUUUGGUCCAGCAUGCUGAUGGAGAUUUGGAAUAUUUCCUGAAAGGGUUACAAUCAAGUGGAAUCCUUAACAGUUCUUUGUUAAUAGUGUUCACUGAUCAUGGGAACAGGUUUUCUGCCAUUCGUGAAACCCAGCAAGGAAAACAAGAAGAGAGACUUCCAUUCUUCUCCAUAACUGUACCAUCAUGGGUUGAGAAGCAAUACCCAAAAAUGGUUAAGAAUCUAAAGAUUAACGAAAACAGAUUAGUAACUCCUUUUGAUAUUUAUUCUACGUUGAUGACUAUUCUUGAUCCAGAUAUACCAGAAGAAGGCGAUAUUUCCAGCAGGAGCAUAAGUGUCUUUUCUGAAAUUCCACAAGAAAGAACUUGUUCUAUGGCAAACAUAGAACCCCAUUGGUGUGCCUGUUUAUCAUGGGUGAGAGUAUCCUUAGAAGAUCCUGUCGUGAAUGAAGUGGGAAAGGCAGUUAUAGAUUACAUGAACAAACUCACCGAAGUGCAGCGUGACAAGUGUGAGAUUCUUCACCUAAAAGAAGUAACACGCAUCGAAAAAUUACAACCCAACAAAGCACUUUUGAAAUUUAAAAAGAAUGCUGACAAAGAUGGCUUUGUUGGCGAGUUUUCUGAUGACACAAAACUGACUGAAGUAGUCUAUCAAGUGCAGCUACGUGCAUCACCAAGCAAUGGCAUAUUUGAAGCCUCUCUGAUGCACAGCAAAACGAAAAACUUAUUCUCAAUUAAAGAACACGAACUAAGCCGGAUAAAUAUGUAUGGUAACCAAGAACAUUGUAUACAUGACACAUAUCCAGAACUAAGAAAGUAUUGUUACUGUAAAGUUCAACUAUGAUGAAACUUAAAUCAGUAGCUGACAUUUCAAAGGAACAAUUUCUAAGUGUUUUAUUUAUUUUUUUUUGGCCCUCCAACUCCCUUGCCCCCCAAUGUGUGAUAAAAUUAUUGGGGUUAUUUGUUCAAUGUCUUUCACUUGAUUGUACUUAAAUUUUUAUACCCACUUAAUUUAAAAUUCAAAUUGCUUAUUCUCAAAAAUAAGGUUUCAUCUCUACUUUAUUGAAAUAGGAAGGGAGUUAAUAUUUUGAAAUUUUUUAUUGUUGUAACAUAAAGUGCUGUUAUUCAAACUUCUUAUUAUUCUACAUCCCUGUUUUUUUUUACCCUGUUAUGUGUUAGAGUAGUAAGAGUUUAAUUUAUGGAACUCUUUAUAAUUGAUGAUGUAUAUUUUAUGGUAAUAUUCUUAUUAAUAUGAAGCAAUGUUUCCCAGUUUUUUUUUUAAAAAUUUGACGUUAAAUUCUUUUAUCUUGAAAGCUAUGAUAAGUUUCGCAUUAUAAUCAUAAUAAUACAAAGUUAAUCUUAGAGCAAAAAACGAAAGACAAAUAACAAUUUUAAAUUUGCAUAUUUUCUAACAAAAGAAUGACGGCUUUCUGUUUGGAAACGUGGCUCACUAGUGAGGGAACACAGGAUUUAAAUAUAAACUCAUUCAUUCAUGAUACAAUUGGUAGAUUUAUUUAUUUUAAUAUAUUUUUUAUUAAUCUUUUAGUUAAUUUUUUAGCUUUCUUGAUACUUAAACACAAAAUUCAUGCCCACCUAGUCAUUUUAUUUAAAAAUUUAAAUUUUUUUUUCUUGUCAUAUUUUACUUUUUUCUCUAUAUUUCAAGAGAGAAAAAUGAAGUCAUAAUUGCCAUAUUUGCUUCAACUGCUUAUGUUUUUGUUGAAACAUUUAAGUUUUUUGUUCUUAAAUAUUAUCACAUAAAAGUUCUUUAAAAAACUGUAAUUUGCUUCUUACAAUCUUGUAAUUUGCUUAUAAUUAGCAUCCGGAAUAUGAAAUAUAUUCAACUUUUGGUUCAUUUCAGUAUUAAACUUGUACUUAUGCAUUGUACUGAGUAUAUGAAAUGUAUGAGCUUGUUAAGCAGUAUUACUAUGGUACUUAUCAAUGUUAAAAUAUUACUUAAGAUGCUAAUAAGAAAUUUAAUUUUUCUUGAUUUAGAUCAUUAGAUCAUAGUUAAUACACAAAAGUUAAGAAAAGGAAUGGUAAAAUCAUAUACCAAUAAACUAAAAUAUUUAUUUAUCAACAAAUGCAAAAUAUCUUUUAUCACAUCAACCAGACUCAGAAAAUCAUAAAGAAAAGAAAGAGCUAAGCUAUAUUUUUGUAAAUAUAAAAAAAAAUAUAUCAAUUUAUUAUUAAAAUCAUUGGUUUAAAAUUCUAAGUAGCAAAUCUGAAUAUAUUUUAGUUUAAAUAUAUAUAAAAUAUUUUAUGAAUAUAUUUUAGUAUCCCAUUUGAAGAGCUGUAUGGAUGGAGGUUCUAAAUGAAAAUAUUGGUAAAUUACCUUUAAAGAUUAUAUAUUGGUAAUAGACUGUCUUGCUUUUAUUUAUAAUCUGUAAUUUCUGGUCAAGCUUUUAUCAGAUCUGGCAAAAUUUAUAAAUGCUUAGAGUUAUAACAGUUUUUAUUUGUUGCUUUAAGAUAGGUUUCUAUAUAUUUACAUGUUACCAAAUACAUUUGGAACCUUUUUUCAGUUCGAAAAUACCCAAAUUAUACCUUCAUCCACUGAAAUCUGUGACUUGUUAAUGUUAUAAGGUUAAAUGAGACCAAAAUAAGCUCUUUUUGCGAGAAACCUUAAUUUUUCGAAAAUAUGACUUAAAACCUUCAUCCUCUAAGCUCUCAAUUUAUUCAAGAAUUUAUUUAUUCAUCCUCUAAGCUCUUAUUUAACAACUGAUCAAUUAGUUUAUACUUAAAGAAACUUUUAUGCUCAUUAUUAAAGCUUGUAAAUAAUUGGGCAGUAUAUUUAAAUAAGGCAGCUGCUGUAAAAAUUAUUGAAUUUUAUACAUUUUCACUCUGCAUUGUAAACUUUAAUCCAUUAUAACGCUAUUUGUCUAGUACUUUAUUAAGUUAUUCACAACCAGUUUUUUUUUUCAUUUUUUUAAAAACUUGAACAUUAGCAUUGUUUUUUUUAAUUGUUUUUUUUUACCAUUUAAGUACUUUAGUUUUUAACAGCAUUAUCUUAGCCAUAUUUAAUGUAGUUAUGUUUUUGUUGUACAUUAAAGUUUCAUGUUGUUUAGUC